ACGCUCAGCGCAAACGCACUCACUACUCGCUCACACACAAUGUCUACCAUGUCUUACGAUCUCGCGUAUCCGAUCUCGGAUGACGGCCCGCAACCCGUCUCGCGCACUUACCAAUAUCGCAAAGUGAUGAAACCGAUGCUCGAGCGCAAAAGGCGCGCUCGCAUCAACCGUUGCCUCGACGAGUUGAAGGAGUUGAUGGUCAGCGCUCUCCAGUCGGAGGGUGAAAAUGUGGCCAAGUUGGAGAAAGCUGAUAUUUUGGAAUUGACCGUUCGUCAUCUGCACAAGCUGCGCCGCCAGCGCCGGCUCUCGCUGAACCCUACAGUGGAUGCCGAUCGCUUCAGAGCUGGAUUUACUCACGCCGCAAACGAAGUCUCCCGUUGCUUGGCUUCCAUCCCUGGAGUGGAUGUGAGGCUAGGAACUCAGCUGAUGACACACCUCGGACACAGACUGAACGACAUCCAACGCGCUGCCGCUGGCAGCGACACGCCGCCGGCCAGCCCGCCCAGCCCCGCUCUGUCGACCGUGUCCUCCUCCUCGGGCUACGUGACCCCGUCGCCGCCGGCCUCACCCGUACCCAUGCACACCGCCGUGCCGCUGGACUGCACCACCAGCAGCCUCAAGAGCGCGGUGUGGAGGCCGUGGUAAAGGAUUCGCCCGGAAGGGCGGACCCGGCUCCGCGGUCACAUCUGUUCCAACGCCGUUCGGAGUCGCCAGCCCUCCCAGUGUCCGCCCUCGUCCUGUCUAGUGCUAAGAAGUUAACUUAGAUCUCAUCACUGAUUGUUUAGAGUAGGUUUCAAAACCUUUUAGUUAGUAUAAGUUGAACUGAAAAGCUUUAAUCAAAAUAGUUUAUAAGUAUAUUGUGAUAUUAAAGUUUAAUUUUAUUGUAGAGAUGUAUCGAGCCUUACCGACUAUGAGUGGGUUCGGAUUGUUAUUAUAUUAUCGUUAAAAAGAUUUCACGAAUGUGAACAAUGCAAGAGAACAAUUUAAUAAAAAAUAUUUUUCAAUGAUA